CUCUGCCCUCCCCACCCCCUGGACUUCCCCCUUUUGUUAAUUAAAACUAAGAAGUAAGAAUGGCAACGACGUGGCCGACUCCUGUGGAGAACGCUUAAGGACACCACGCCAAUUCCUUCCUUCCGAGAUGGAAAGAGGCGCUCCUAGCUCAUUUAAGCCGGGGUAGGGCUGGUUCUCCUUUCCGAGCCAAAAUCCCAGGCGAUGGUGAAUUAUGAACGUGCCACACCAUGAAGCUCUUGUGGCAGGUAACUGUGCACCACACCUGGAAUGCCGUCCUGCUCCCCGUCGUCUACCUCACGGCGCAAGUGUGGAUUCUGUGUGCAGCCAUCGCCGCUGCCGCCUCCGCGGGGCCCCAGAACUGCCCGUCCGUUUGCUCAUGCAGUAACCAGUUCAGCAAGGUGGUGUGCACCCGCCGGGGCCUCUCCGAGGUCCCUCAGGGUAUCCCCUCCAACACCCGGUACCUCAACCUCAUGGAAAACAAUAUCCAGAUGAUCCAGGCCGACACCUUCCGCCACCUCCACCACCUGGAGGUCCUGCAGCUGGGCAGGAACUCCAUCCGGCAGAUCGAGGUGGGGGCCUUCAACGGCCUGGCCAGCCUCAACACCCUGGAGCUGUUCGACAACUGGCUGACAGUCAUCCCCAGCGGGGCCUUUGAGUACCUGUCCAAGCUGCGGGAGCUCUGGCUUCGCAACAACCCCAUAGAAAGCAUCCCCUCUUAUGCCUUCAACCGGGUGCCCUCCCUCAUGCGCCUGGACUUGGGGGAGCUCAAGAAGCUGGAGUAUAUCUCUGAGGGCGCUUUUGAGGGACUGUUCAACCUCAAGUACCUGAACUUGGGCAUGUGCAACAUUAAAGAUAUGCCCAAUCUCACCCCCCUGGUGGGGCUGGAGGAGCUGGAGAUGUCAGGGAACCACUUCCCUGAGAUCAGGCCUGGCUCCUUCCAUGGCCUAAGCUCCCUUAAGAAGCUAUGGGUCAUGAACUCACAGGUCAGCCUGAUUGAGCGAAAUGCUUUUGAUGGGCUGGCCUCGCUUGUGGAACUCAACUUGGCCCACAAUAACCUCUCUUCUUUGCCCCAUGACCUCUUCACCCCACUGAGGUACCUGGUGGAGUUGCACCUACACCACAAUCCUUGGAACUGCGAUUGUGACAUUCUGUGGCUAGCCUGGUGGCUUCGGGAGUACAUACCCACCAAUUCUACCUGCUGUGGCCGCUGUCAUGCUCCCUUGCACAUGCGUGGCCGCUACCUGGUGGAGGUGGACCAGGCCUCCUUCCAGUGCUCUGCCCCCUUCAUCAUGGAUGCACCUCGGGACCUCAAUAUCUCUGAGGGCCGGAUGGCAGAACUUAAGUGUCGGACCCCCCCUAUGUCCUCUGUGAAGUGGCUGCUGCCCAAUGGGACAGUGCUCAGCCACGCCUCCCGCCACCCAAGGAUCUCUGUCCUCAACGAUGGCACCUUGAACUUUUCCCAUGUGCUGCUCUCAGACACCGGGGUAUACACAUGCAUGGUGACCAACGUGGCAGGUAACUCCAACGCCUCGGCCUACCUCAACGUGAGCACGGCCGAGCUCAACACCUCUAACUACAGCUUCUUCACCACUGUCACAGUGGAGACCACCGAGAUCUCACCUGAGGAUACAACGCGCAAGUACAAGCCUGUUCCUACUACGUCCACGGGUUAUCAGCCGGCAUAUACCACCUCUACCACGGUGCUCAUUCAGACCACCCGCGUGCCCAAGCAGGUACCCGUGACAGACACCAAUGAUAAGAUGCAGACCAGCCUGGAUGAAGUCAUGAAGACCACCAAGAUCAUCAUUGGCUGCUUCGUGGCAGUGACUCUGCUAGCUGCCGCCAUGUUGAUCGUGUUCUAUAAACUUCGUAAGCGGCACCAGCAGAGGAGUACAGUCACAGCUGCCCGGACAGUUGAGAUUAUCCAGGUGGAUGAAGACAUCCCAGCGGCGGCGUCUGCGGCAGCGACAGCAGCUCCAUCCGGUGUAUCAGGUGAGGGGGCAGUAGUGCUGCCCACAAUUCAUGACCAUAUUAACUACAACACCUACAAACCAGCACAUGGGGCCCACUGGACAGAAAACAGCCUGGGGAACUCUCUGCACCCCACAGUCACCACAAUUUCUGAACCUUAUAUAAUUCAGACCCAUACCAAGGACAAGGUACAGGAAACUCAAAUAUGACUCCCCCUCCCCCCAAAAACUUAUAAAAUGCAAUAGAAUGCACACACACACACACACACACACACACACACACACACACGACAGCAACUUUUGUACAGAGUGGGGAGAGACUUUUUCUUGUAUAUGCUUAUAUAUUAAAUCUAUGGGCUGGUAAAAGAAACAGAUUAUAUUAAAAUUUAAAAACAAAAAAUCAAAACAAAACUAUUUUCUAACUUGUAAGUUCUAUUUAAAGGGGGAGUGGGGUUCUUGGGAAGGCUGUGGGGCAGAAGCCACAAGUCAACUUGUUAUGAUGCCAGAAGAGAUUUCUGAUCUAAGGUUGAAACUGCUAAGAUAAACUAAAACAGUGACAAACAUCCCUAAAGAGGUAGGGUGCGGGCUGCUGGGGGGUGGGGUGGGGGGUCGACUGUCAUUUUUUAAUAGAUGCUUCAUAGCAUACAGGAUUACCCAUUUCUAUAGACACCUUUCUUAAGCUGAGAGCUGUCUUUGCAAAUUUAUCUUAUUUUUAAAAAUACAAAAAAAAAAAAAAA